AUGGAGGCCGGCAUGAACGUCCUGCACGACGCGGGCAUCCAGGCCACGCGCUGGCUGCAGGAGCACUUCCAGGGCUCCCAGGACUGGUUCCUCUUCAUCUCCUUCGCCGCCGACCUCAGGAACACUUUUUUCGUCCUUUUUCCUCUCUGGUUCCAUUUCUGCGAGCCGGUGGGCAUCCGGCUCAUCUGGGUGGCCGUGAUCGGGGACUGGCUCAACCUCGUCUUCAAGUGGAUCCUGUUUGGGGAGAGACCCUACUGGUGGGUGCACGAGACGGACUACUACAGCAACGCCUCCACCCCAGCCAUCCAGCAGUUCCCACUCACCUGCGAGACCGGCCCCGGGAGCCCCUCUGGCCACGCCAUGGGCGCAGCAGGCGUGUACUACGUGAUGGUGACCGCCCUGCUCUCCAUCGUGUCGGGCAAGAGGCAGUCGAAGACGCUGAAGUACUGGGUUUUGUGGAUGGCGCUUUGGACGGGCUUCUGGGCGGUCCAGGUCUGCGUCUGUCUGUCCCGAGUCUUCAUCGCCGCCCACUUCCCCCACCAGGUCAUCGCGGGGGUCUUCUCCGGCAUGGCGGUGGCCGAGACCUUCCAGCACGUCCGCUCCAUCUACCACGCCAGCCUCCGCAGGUACCUGGGCGUCACCACCUUCCUCUUCAGCUUCGCCCUGGGCUUCUACCUGCUGCUGCGGGCGCUCGGCGUGGACUUGCUCUGGACCCUGGAGAAGGCGCAGAGGUGGUGCGCCCACCCCGAGUGGGUCCACAUCGACACCACCCCCUUCGCCAGCCUCCUCCGCAACCUGGGCAUCCUCUUCGGGCUGGGGCUGGCCCUCAACUCCCACAUGUACCUGGAGAGCUGCCGGGGGAAGCAGGGCCGGCAGCUGCCCUUCCGCCUGGGCUGCGCCGCCGCCUCGCUGCUCGUCCUGCACCUCUUCGACGCCUUCAGGCCGCCCUCGCACCUGCAGCUGCUCUUCUACGUCCUCUCCUUCUGCAAGAGCGCCGCCGUGCCCCUGGCCACCGUCGGCCUCAUCCCCUACUGCGUCUCCCAGCUCCUGGCCACGCAGGACAAGAAGGGCGUCUAG